UCAUUCGCAAUUUGCGCAGUUUAUAUAUAGGUAUAUUAUAUAUGUAUUAUUGUAGCGCUGUGCUGCCGCUGUUGCGCCACUACCGGCGAGUCUGUGUUCAGAUUUUAUAUAUAUAACAACACGCGCAGUGAAAGAAGAGAGAGAAAGAAUAUAUACUAGUAUUAUAAUAUACACACGAGCCGCGAGUGAUAGCGACUGGCUCCACUAUAUACAUAUGGCGCAUGGUAGUAUAUAGUAUACACAUUAAUACGGAGUUGUUAUAUGUAUAUAGGCGGCACACGACAACGCCGAGACUCGCGGCGGACGACGGUGACGCAGUCCGAAGGCAUCUCUGCGCGCGUAAGCAUCGGAGCAGAGAGCAGAGCUAUACACACACACUAUCCCCGUCCUGCGUGAAUUCUCGCUACAGUAUAUAGCGGCAGCAACACAACAACGCUCCUCCUCACUGUCAUUCGCACACCAACACAUACUGCUGCCUGCCUGCGUAUAUUUCUGCACGGAGAAAAAGAGAGAAUCAUACAUACGCACAUAUACACAUCGCGCGCGCGCUCGCUCGCCCGCUCGUGUCGUGUACGCCCGAAGCUGUGCAGUAUAAUACUUGUUUUUGCCUUUUAUCUCUUUGUGCAUUUCGACCGAAUCAUCGCGUGCACAGGCCAAGAAGAGAGAGGCUAGAUCGUACGAUCUACAUAUAGUGUAAUCAUCGAUCGUAUAUUAUGUGUCAGUGGCUAGUAUCGAGCAGCAGCGCGUGAGUCGUCGCGCGGUUAUGGACUGCUUGGAACCUGUUGCACCGGCUUCGCGUUGCGUUCUGCGCCCGAUACCACUGCCCAUCGGACAAUGAAAACGACGCAGCUCCGCGAUAGCCGACCAACGAUAUAGACUUUUGCCGACCGACGGACCGAGGACAAAAAAGGAGCAGCGUGCAAACAAGCAGGGGGAGCCUCGCCGCACAGUCGUCGUCGUCGUCGUCGUCGUCGUCGUCGUCGUCGUCGUUGUUGUUGUUGACGGACGGACGGACGCACGGACGCAGAGCUGCAGGAUCGAGCACGAGGAUAGGAGCGGAGUCACGGAAAGAAGUGCCGAGCCGAGCGAGGAUCGCGCCGCGCGCCAUGACGUCCCUGGCAGCGGCUGCCCACUUGGCCUGAACAACGCAGUGAACGCGCUCGGCUGCAAUUUUGCGCCACCCACACUCGAGGAGCGAGUCAGUGAGCGUAGAGCUUCGCGCUCGCCUCUGCCUGCUGCCCGCCUGUGCCUCGCGCUCGCAUAUAUUUCUUCUUCUUCUUCGUCGUCGCCGCCGCUGCUGCUUUUUUUUUUGUUGUAUAUGUACAUUUAUACAUAUGGCUGUGUCGUGCCGCUGCCUCGCUAGAGUCCUAGUCACGGCGAUGAUCGCUAGUCACUAAUCAGUCGUCGACAAACUUGUUGUGUAUAUCUAUCCAGUGCUGUGCAGUUGUGCGCGUAUAUUUAUUAUUUUGCAAUAAAAUAUAUAUACGCGCAGUCGUGUCUGUGUGCCAUUUCGCGCUUACUGCCGCUGCAUAAUCCUUGCGAUUCAAUGCCCGGUGUCGUUGUCGUCACUGUAGCAGCGGUGCAGCAGCGCUUUUGCAGCAGCAGCAACUCCCCGAGUGCCAGUGCACAGUUGUAGUAGUGAAUCAGCAGAGUCUCGAUCAUGGGACUGACGAGCAGCCGCAACGCCGAGGCCGAGUGCCUCGAGCAGCUGCAGCGCGACAUCAAGAACAGCCAGCCGUACAACCUGCAGACGAGCUUCAACAGCGGCAGCAGCCCGGUGAGGGCCAGCCCCAGCCGGGCCUCGUCCCAUCACCACACCAGAGCUGGCAGCGUGCGCGGACCCCCGCGACAGCCCAUUCCCGAUGCCCUCGAGCUCGAGCGACGCUUCACCAAAGUCCUGGCUUCAAUGGAUUUACCUCCGGAUAAAGCGAAACUUUUGAAACAAUACGACAAUGAAAAGAAAUGGGAUAUCAUAUGCGAUCAAGAAAGGGUACAAGCCAAAGACCCACCAUCUCACUAUUUGACCAAACUGCGCACUUACUUGGAUCCCAAGGCCUCCAGAAGUCACAGAAAAAGAAAGAUGGUUGGCGAGUCAACAUCUACACAAGUUCUGCGAGACUUGGAAAUUUCAUUGCGCACAAACCACAUUGAAUGGGUCCGAGAAUUUCUUGAUGAACAAAACCAAGGCCUUGAUGCUCUAAUCGAUUACUUGAGCUUCAGAUUGUUAAUGAUGCGACAAGAACAGAGACUUGCUACGACUGCUAAUGAAUUGGACGAAAAAAUUAAUCAGAGCAGAUCAUCUGAUACAGGACUAGAAGCGCCGACAUCUUCGGUUGGCAACGGAUGUUUAAGACCGCAACUGCAAGAGAUGAAAGACAGCCCGAGUGUUAAGCAGCGAACGCGCCACGUGACGCGGCUCAACAUGGGGGAGGCAAAGGACGACAUCCACGUCUGCAUCUUGUGCAUGCGCGCCAUCAUGAACAACAAAUACGGCUUCAACAUGGUCAUUCAGCAUCGAGAAGCUAUCAAUUGCAUAGCGCUCAGUCUCAUACACAAGAGCUUGCGAACGAAAGCUCUCGUGCUCGAAUUACUCGCAGCGAUCUGUUUGGUCAAGGGUGGCCACGAGAUCAUUUUAUCGGCUUUCGAUAACUUCAAGGAGAUCUGUCAAGAGCGGCGUCGAUUCAACACCCUCAUGGAGUACUUCACGCAGUACGACAGCUUUCACAUCGAGUUCAUGGUCGCCUGUAUGCAGUUCGUCAAUAUAGUCGUGCACUCGGUGGAAGACAUGAACUUUCGCGUUCAUCUUCAGUACGAGUUCACCAAGCUCGGCCUCGACGACUAUCUCGAGAAGCUGCGCCACACCGAGAGCGAAGAUCUACAAGUACAAAUAUCAGCCUAUCUGGAUAAUGUAUUUGAUGUGGCGGCACUCAUGGAGGACAGCGAAACAAAAACUGCGGCUCUCGAGAAGGUUACCGAGCUAGAGGACGAGAUAGGACAUUGUCACGAGCGACUGGCCGAGCUCGAGCGCGAGUCAAUGGCGAAGAUCGUUGAGUUGGAGACGGAAUUGGCAGCGCUGAAGGCGGACCACGCAGAGGCUCUGGAGGCGCGGCGUCUUGUCGAGGAACAGCUAGCGACGUUGCAGCGCCAAAAGCAAGACUCGGCUCGGCGACAGAGUGUGCUCGAGAGUAAAAUCAUUGAAUUAGAGACUCUGACACGAGGCGCCUCGAUGCGCAAUGGAUUAACAACAAAUGGUUCCGGAGCACCAAGCCCGACGCCGAAUGUUGCGGCGACAGUUGCAGCACCACCUCCACCGCCACCUCCGCCUCCGCCACCGCCUCCACCUCCGCCAGCGCCUUCUUCAUCUCAAGUACAAUCUUCGAGUCCGCUCCCGCCGCCACCUCCGCCGCAUCUACUGUCUCUAUCGACGAACUCUGCCGUGACGGACCUAAAUCAUUUUCCGCACCCACCACCGCCCGCUCCAUUGUUACCAGCUCUCGACGGUGCCAUGACGAUAAAACGCAAAGUACAGACCAAGCACAAACUUCCCACUCUCAAUUGGAUUGCGCUCAAACCCAAUCAAGUGAGGGGUACCAUCUUCAACGAGCUCGACGACGAAAAACUGCACAAGGUGAUCGAUUUUACGGACUUUGAGGAGCGUUUCAAGAUCGGUAUGAACAAUCAACUCGCAAACGGUAUCAACGAAUUAGAUGGAAGCAACGGCGCCGGAGGCUUGUACAAUUUCCCUAGCAAGCGUUUCAAAAAACCGGAAAAUGUAACUCUGCUUGAACAUACGCGAUUACGAAACAUAGCAAUUUCACGAAGGAAAUUGGAACUGCCCGUUGAGAAAGUUAUCGCAGCCGUUAAUGCGCUUGACCUCAAGGUUCUCUCGUUAGAAAACGUCGAACUCUUACAGAGAAUGGUUCCUUCUGAACAAGAAAUAAAAGCAUACCGGGAAUAUAUAUUGGAGAAGAAAAAUGUUAAUCUCCUUACAGAAGAAGACAAAUUCCUUUUGCAACUCGGAAAAGUUGAAAGAAUAUCUACAAAAUUGUCAAUAAUGAAUUAUUUAGGAAACUUUUUUGAUAAUAUGCACCUUAUUUCCCCUCAAAUACACGCUGUGAUAUCUGCAUCGAAUUCAGUAAAAAACUCGAAAAAGCUUCGAUCCGUGUUAGAAGUUAUUCUGGCAUUUGGAAAUUAUCUUAACAGUAGUAAACGUGGACCUGCCUAUGGUUUCAAGUUGCAAAGUCUUGAUACGCUACUAGACACCAAAUCGACUGAUAAACGAAUGUGCCUUUUGCACUAUAUUGUUGCAACCGUGAGACUCAAGUUUCCAGAUUUACUUAAUUUUGAGUCGGAACUUAUGUACAUCGAUAAAGCUGCCACAGUUUCUCUUGAAAAUGUGACAAGCGAUGUGCAUGAACUGGAGAAAGGUAUGGACCUCGUGCGCAAAGAAUAUGAUCUUCGAGGGAAAGAAAAGCACAAUACUGUCUUACGAGAUUUUCUUAAUAAUUCCGAAGAGAAAUUACGACGUUUAAAAUCGGAUACUCGCAUAGCUGGAGAAGCUUUCCGGGAGUGCGUUGAAUUUUUCGGAGAAAGUCCUCGACAAGCUGAUGCUAGCACAUUCUUUUCACUUCUUGUGAGAUUUGCAAGAGCGUUCAAAGCUGCUGAUCAAGAGAACGAACAACGGAGAAGAUUAGAAUUAGCGGCUACGCAAGCUCUUAACACAUCUGAGGAAGUUAUUAAAAAGAAUAAAUUGAAUCAGAAGAAGCAACAGGAUGCCGUUAUUAAUGAGCUAAAGAAUAAAACCAGACUAGUCCAAGAAAAAAAAUUGUUGCAACAAGACGAAGUUUACAAUGGAGCUCUCGAAGAUAUAUUGUUGGGUUUAAGGUCAGAGCCUUAUCGCAGAGCAGAUGCUGUAAGACGCAGUCAAAGGCGACGCAUUGAUAGUCAUAGACUUUCACGUACUGCCGAAGAAUUAGAAUUUUAG